CCGGCUUUAUGACUAAUAAUAUUCGAGGAUAGCAGUUCAUUGUGUUUGCAAGCCACGCCAAGCUUAGUCGGAGAAGUGAAAAUUAUAGUGAAAAAACAUAUUUGAUAGGGUUUAUCUGACGGAAAUUUGAGAACGAACAAAUAUGAAGCGUGAAAUCGAAGACUGUCAAGAAGAGGACCAGCAUAACGACGGUAACGACAACUCGGAUAAAAAACCACCAAAUAAGCGGUCUCGAAAUGACGAGGAAGAAGUUCGUUUACUCAUUCCUAGCAAGAUGGCUGGAGCUAUAAUUGGCAAAGGUGGACACAAUAUCCAAAGGCUACGUACAGAGUACCAAGCCCAAGUGAAUGUAGGCGAUUGUACAGGCCCUGAACGUGUCAUCACCAUCGGCGCCGACAUGGAGACAGCAACCAAUGUGGUUAAGGACGUCAUGAAACACUUGGACAAGGCUGGCGAUAAUGAAUACGAACUAAGAGUAUUGGUACAUCAAAGCCUCGCUGGAUGUGUAAUCGGACGAGGAGGAACUAAGAUUAAGGAACUUAAAGACGAAAUCGGUUGCCGACUGAAGAUUUUCUCCAACAUUGCUCCACAAAGCACUGAUCGCAUUGCUCAGGUCGUUGGCAGCGAGGAACAGUGUUUAAGAGCAUUGAACGAAAUAAUCGCUUUGAUCAAGGGCACUCCUAUUAAAGGACCCGUCCACAACUAUGAUCCCCACAACUACGAUGACGUCUACGCUGACGAGUACGGCGGUUACGGAGCUGGAGGAGGUGGUGGCGGAGGCAACGGCGGCUUUCGUAAUGGCCGUGGAGCUGGUGACGGUGGUAGCGGCGGAGGUAGAUUCGAUCAACGUGAUCGAUUCGACGACAGACGUGGUGGAGGCCGUGGAUAUGAUCGUGGAAACGACCGGGGUGGGAAUCGGGGUGGUGGAAUGACCAGAGAUCGUGAGUUUAUAAAUCCAUGGGCACCGAAUGUAAAUGAUAAUCAAAUGGGAGGUGGUAACUUUGGAGGAGGCGGUGGUAGUAGAAACGGAUUAGGGUUGAGUAACUUAGGAGGGAUGAAUUUUGGAGGAUCCGGUGGAAACAUCACCAGUUUAGGAAGCCUGGGUAACUUAUCCAAUGGGAAUAUGGGUGGAUUCGGAGGAAAUAAUGGUAAUAUGGACAACAAAUCUUCCACCCAAGUAACAAUACCUAAAGACUUGGCCGGUGCCAUCAUCGGAAAAGGUGGUGGUCGAAUUCGCCGCAUACGGAACGAGUCUAACGCUUUUAUUCAGAUUGAUGAAGCUCUACCAGGAUCAUCGGACCGCAUUAUUACUAUAACUGGAACUCCGAAGGAAAUUCAGGCUGCUCAAUAUAUGUUACAGCAGAGCGUUCGUGAAAAUCUUGCUGGCGGUGGAGGAGGCGGGGGAUUUAAUCGCAAUUAAAUGCAUUUAAAAUUAUCCUUUACAUGCUAAAUGAUUUAGCCCUAGACGACCAUACGUGCGUUUAGCGCAUGUAAUUGUAACUAACAAAAAGCCACCGGCUAACAAACAAAUCGAAGGAAGAAUCGCAGCAGUAAAAUGUCUUCAUUAUACAUUAAAUGUCAUGAAGGUUGAUUAGUUUGUCACAUUUCAUACUGUAACAUGUGUAGGUAGUUUAGAACCCAGAUCAUUUCUAAGCUACUGUAUAUUUUACAACUGAUUUCAUAAUGGGUUGCACACCAUCGCGGUAGUAUUUUUUUUUUCAAUGUUUAACGUUCGAAUUAUCUGUGUAUAGUUGACUUCGCAGCAUUGAUCUAUUUUUUUGAUUCAAGAUAUUGACGACAACAGCUAAAACACAUUUUAUACACAUAUUUAAACACAAAUUCUAGAACAAGCUUUACAUUAUGAAUAUUACAAUAGUUCUAAUAACGGCCAGUCAUGCUUCAUUCAUAUGUUUUACAUAUAUUGUUCGUAAAAACAAAUCGAAGCAAAUACCCUGUACUGUUAUCGAUUCUGUCUAGUACAAACAGUUACAAAUACUAUAAUCGAGAACUCAAUGAAAAUAACAUUUACCGCAAAUCACAGUACCAAAGGUCAGGUAUGUGCAGGGCUGGAAAUUGAAUGAGAGUUUGAUAUUCGAAUGUGUUUUCAUUUCCAUUGAAAGCAGGCUCAGUAAAUACGCAAUCCUGGAAAAAUCAUAAAAAAGUGUAACGACAUUGAAAUGAGUGCAUACUCCAAUGAAAUAUCCUUAUUUUAUAUAACGAUUUGAGUUCAAUAAACCAUACCGAAGAGCAA